GCCGUGUUUCCCCGACGGCCACCGGGAGGGGGACUGCAGAGCGACUGAGCCCAGGGCUGCGCAGUCAGACGGCGACGGUCUUGCGGCUUGCGGCGCGGCGCCGAGCAGAAAGCAAAGCCAUCAGCGCCCCCCAUGCUUGUCUACACUGAACACUUUCCUCUUCGUGGCUGUUUGGUGGCAUAUGGUGUGGCUCUGUGAGCCCUCCGGGAGGAGACUGCCCUGUCCAUCUCUGUCUCCUUGACUCCUGGCACACAGCAGGCUCUCAAGAAGUGAUGGUUGAAUGAAUAACAGUGUGUCUUCAAGGACUCGUGCUGAGAAGCCACUCCAGAAAACGCUGCUCUGGUCCCAGCCCGGCGUUGGACAGGGAGCUCCAGGACCGGCAGGAUGGGGUCAGCCUGUAUCAAAGUCACCAAAUACUUUCUCUUCCUCUUCAACUUACUCUUCUUUAUCCUGGGCGCCGUGAUCCUGGGUUUCGGAGUGUGGAUCCUGGCCGACAGGAGCAGUUUCAUCUCUGUGCUGCAGACCUCCUCCAGCUCGCUCAAGGUGGGGGCCUCCGUCUUCAUCGGCGUGGGGGCUGUCACCAUGUUCAUGGGCUUCCUGGGCUGCAUCGGUGCCAUCAAGGAGGUCCGCUGCCUGCUGGGGCUGUACUUUGCCUUCCUCCUCCUGAUCCUCAUCGUUCAGGUGGCAGCCGGAACCGUCUUCUACUUCAACAUGGGCAAGCUAAAGGAGGAGAUGGGCAACAUCGUGACCAAGCUCAUUGAGGACUACAGGGACGGUCAGGAGGACCGGCUGCAGGAGGCCUGGGACUACGUGCAGGCCCAGGUGAGGUGCUGCGGAUGGGCCAGCUUCUACAACUGGACUGACAACGCGGAGCUCAUGAACCGCACCGGCGUCACCUACCCCUGCUCCUGCGAGGUCAAGGACGACGACCACAGCUUCCCGGUGAAGACAGGCUUCUGCGACGCCCCCGGUGGCAACGUGACCCAGAGUGGGAACGACCCCGAGCUCUGGCCCGUGUACCAUGAGGGCUGCAUGAAGAAGGUGCAGGUGUGGCUGCAGGAGAACAUGGGCAUCAUCCUAGGCGUCUGUGUGGGCGUGGCCGUCAUUGAGCUCCUGGGGAUGCUUCUGUCCAUCUGCCUGUGCCGGCACGUCCAUUCCGAAGACUACAGCAAGGUGCCCAAGUACUGAGACGCCGCAAGGCCCCCCGCCUCUCCUCCAGGCUCACCUCCCACCUCACUUGCCUGGCCUGGCCCGUGCUGGCUGGAUGCGGGGCACUCUUGGGGGCCCGCACCCUUUUGCCUACCUUUUUGCCUCCAGACUUGAGCCCUGGGGUCCUGUGGCUUCUCCGCUGACCGCCAGGGUUCUCUUAGCAAUCCAGAGAAAACCUCCCCGCUGCGUCCUGCGCAGGUGGACUGGGUCCCUGCCUUGGGCACUGUAUACGUUGGGUGGGAACGUGUAUUAAAAGUUGAGGGUUGGGGGUGGGGGGUGGAUAAGGCACCUGGGCUGUCAGGGGAUGCCCACUGCGUGGGUAAACUUUUUUUUCCACAGUAAUGCUUCUGUCUUUGGUUUCCACGUUUUUGUUGAAGGCGGUGGGAGAGGGUGGGCUUUAUGUGACACUGGGAACAGCUGCCCUCCCCCAGCCCCACCCAGGCGGCUCAGCUCAGCCCAGGCGGGAGACACGGGGUGGGACCUGGGACCUGGCUGCUGAGGGAACCAGAGGGGCUAAUGCACAGGGCGUGACACAGAGCUGACCCUGCAUUCACCCAUCGGGACCCCCAGCUGUCCAGGGAAGGGGGGAGGAGAAGCUAGGCUGGCCUGACCUCUGCCCUCCCCCCCACCCCCAGAAUGGGAGGGUGAGGCUGUGCCUUGUAAGGGAGUGGCUGUGUGCGUAGCUCUGUAAAACGUGUUUGAGAUUUGACAACUAUUAAAGAGGAUUUGUAACAA